AGCGCCGACCAGAUAUUCGUAUCCUUACUUUAGCCUAAAAUUGCUGGCAACAUUGCUGUUUGAACUUCUAUUUCUACUUCCACAACUGUAUGUUUCGUGGAUGCAAUUUCGUGUUUGUAUAUUGAUAAAUUUUAGAUUUAUUGUUGGUAGAGUAAAAUUAUCAAGAUGCACAUCUUUUUAAGAAGUCAGGAGACUCAUUCUGUUGAUUUAAGUGAGGGAACUAUUUCAUCUUUGAAGGAUUUUAUAGAAGAAGCAGAAGGUAUUGUGAAAGAAGAGCAGGUUUUAUAUUAUGGUGGAAGUCCUUUGGAAGAUGACCAGUGUCUUGCUGAAUGCUUAGUAGAUGGUGCAACUGUUGAUGUAUGUGUCAGACUUAGAGGAGGCAAAGUCCAUGGUUCACUUGCUCGAGCAGGCAAAGUAAAAGGUCAGACACCAAAGGUGGAGAAGCAGGAAAAGAAGAAAAAGAAAACUGGACGGGCAAAGCGCAGGAUGCAGUUUAACAGAAGAUUUGUAAAUGUGGUUGUUACUUUCGGCAGGAAGAAGGGACCCAAUUCAAAUUCAUAAUGUAAAAUUUAUUGUAAAAACUUGUGAAAUAUAUUUGUUUUUCAAUCUG